AUGGUUGCCGAAAUUACACCAAAGGUCGCUGUGAGAACUAUAUUGCAGCUAGAUGCCCUUAUGCCUAUAGAGCUUGAUCUACCAACUAUGAUUGAUCCAUCUAGUAUAGAUCCCCAACCUAUUGAAAUUCUUGAGUAUAAUGAAAACGUUAUUGGCCUCUUAUAUUUGGACUCUUUGAUAGGAGAGUCCUCUUUAAUGGGAGAAUCUAUAAGUAGUGAUUUAUUAUUAGGACUGGUCCCUUUCACAUCGUAA